AUGGUGAGUUUCAAUUUACAGGGCAGAUUGCGAUGCAAGCUUGUGUACUUGAGGCAAGCUACCAGAUGCUGCAGUGAUGGUGUUCCUGGACAACGUGUCCCUUUGGGGCUGGUCUCAGCAUUGAGGAUGCAGAAUAGCAAAAAGCUGACAUUUGUUGGAACUCCAAAGCCUGUACUUGCAAGACAUCGAGGUGGUCAUGGCCCAGAUCUUGCGCGUGCAGCAUCCAUGGCCCCACUUUCAACAGGCUCCCCAUGGAUGGAAAUCGGUGCCAUUGUGUUGGGCUACGUCGUGGUGUUUGGCGCUUGUUUCAGGAAUGUACCACAAAUCACUCGAGUUGUGAAGCACAGGAGUGCGAAGGGGAUAUCAGUGACGUCACUGCUGGUAGACACAGCGACCAUCACGAUCACGGCGGCAUACAACUUCUGCAAAGGUGUGGCAGCAGUGGCGGGCGCCCUGUGCACUGUUGACUCACAGCCUCACCGGCGGGAAUUGUUGGAAAUGGCCGCUUGA